AAAAAGAGGGGGGCAGGCUCCUCGACUCCUCUCCCCGGCCCUCUCGCCAUCCAUCUCCAGCUGAGCUCGUGCUCUGGUUGGAUUCCAAAUUUCUCUUUCGCGAUUCAGAGCUCCGGAUUAGUUUCCUCAUGGGAACCCGCGCGCUUCCCAACCUCAGAUCACCCCUCCCCUCUCCUCCUCCACCGGCGCCAUCCCCUCUCAGAAACGACCGGUGGAGGAUCUCUCCAUUCCCCUCCUCAACAAGGCCUUCAAGACGUCUUCCCCCUAUCAAUUGUGCUGUCCGCUUCCGCCCCUGCAUCGACAUCCACAAGGGGAAGGUGAAGCAGAUAGUUGGCUCCACACUCCGAGACUCGACGGAGGAUGCCUCUUUGAUUACCAAUUUCGAAUCCGACAAGUCACCGGAGGAAUUCGCAAGCUUGUACAAGCAGGACGGGCUGAUUGGCGGUCAUGUCAUAAUGCUCGGCGCCGAUGCUGCAAGCCAAUCUGCAGCCAGACAAGCAUUGCGAGCUUAUCCCGGUGGUUUGCAAGUCGGGGGUGGGAUCAACUCGGAGAAUGCCAUGAGUUAUCUCGAAGAAGGGGCUAGUCAUGUGAUUGUAACAUCGUAUGUUUUCAGUGAUGGACAAAUGGACCUUGAACGGCUUAAACAUCUUGUUCAUAUGAUUGGAAAGCAAAGGCUCAUCUUGGAUCUUAGUUGUAGAAAGAAGAAAGGGAAGUAUGCUAUUGUCACUGAUAGAUGGCAAAAGUUCAGCGAUGUGUUUCUAGAUGAGCAGACUUUGGAAUUUCUUGCCACCUACGCAGAUGAAUUUUUAGUUCAUGGAGUUGAUGUUGAGGGAAAAAGGCUAGGAAUUGAUGAGGAGCUUGUGGCACUGCUUGGCUGCAAAUCACCGAUUCCAGUAACUUAUGCUGGCGGGGUCACAACAAUAGCUGACCUGGAGAGGAUAAAGACCGCAGGCAAGGAACACGUGGAUGUAACAGUUGGAAGUGCCCUAGAUAUAUUUGGAGGUGAUCUGGCAUAUAAAGAGGUGGUAGCUUGGCAUGACAAACAAGUAACGAUCAACCGGUGACUUUCAGGAGAUGGAAUGGAGGAUUAGUUGCUGGUGACUUUAUUUGUCCACAAGAAUUUAAUGAUUUUUCUUGUGGUGGAUAAAUUAUUAUCUAUAGCUCUGUGAUGCAAGCUGUUCCAUAAAACAUCCUAUAUUAUUCUAAUGUCCACCUCUGUAAGGCUGUAAAACUCGAGUUAGUUGAGAGGCAGGCAAUUCAAAAGUGGUUUAAUGCAAUAACCCUUAAUCUUGUGGAACUCAUCUUGCUCGUUGCUUUGAUCAGCACCAAUGGAUGUCAAAUGGAUAAAUUUA